UGAUGAAGCCUGACCAGCUACUAUUUGAUAUGUUGGACAUAUUUUCACGACUACCAGUGAAGAGCCUUUCCAGAUUCAGGUGUGUCUAAAGGGUUUUGCCGCUUUGUUUCUACUCCUGAUUUCCACCGAUUGCAUUAUCAACGAUCAUCUAAGAUGACAUUACUAAAUGAGGGUGAUUAUCUAACUCCUCCGCAAGUUGAUUAUCGAAUUGCGGAAGUAGACGAGAAACUUCUUUUGUGUACAGCUGAUCAUGAGGGUCGAAUAAUCAGCCAGUUCACCCCAGAAAUCAAAAUCGGUUGGCACAGACAAAUCUUCUUUGUGCCUUCUCACUACAAUCUUGUAUGUGUUGUCGCUGAAAACCACAUCUAUGUUUGCAACCCAAGCAAGCAAGAAUUCAUGGAGCUCACACUGUUGGUUUCGGUUACAUGCCCUCUAAGAACGAGUACAAGGUUGUUCGAUGUUUCUAUCGCAAAAACGAUUACGAUAACCCCAACAACUUCGAGCUUGGAUGUGAGAUCUUAACCAUAAGUAACUACGGCACAAACAAUUCGAUUGCUGAUUGCUGUUCUGCAUGGAGGAUGUUGGAAGAAGGGUGUCCUCAUCUCAUGGACGCAAAUCCAGCCUUGGUUAAUGGAUCACUGCAUUGGAAGAUUGAUCUCGUAUGGGAAAGACGGGAAGAUGAACAAAUCUUGUCAUUCGAUUUGGAUGCUGAGAAAUUCUGGAUCUUGCCAAUCCCUCCAUGUGUCAUAAGAAACCCUGAAACAUUAAACCUGGCAGAAUUAAGACAAGAUCUUUGGUUGAGUCAUUAUGACUAUAGUAUCCCUCAUGUUAUGGACAUGUGGGUUCUGAAAGAUUUUGAGAAGUUCACAUGGGUUAAGGUUUAUAGCAUUGAUUUUAGUCCAAUUAAUACCUCCACAGGAAAAUAUGAGCUUACCUUUGUUUUGAACGUUAGGAAUGAGGAAUUGUUGAUUCUGAUGAAUAGUGGUAGACUAAUUUAUUACAAUCUUAAAACUAAAAGUUUCACCGACUUGGGAGCCCCAAGAAAUGGCUUUAACUUUUGUUAUUAUACAGAUGUUGUUUCUUUCCAUUAG